CUCAGAGUUAAUUUGUCAUGGAAUGAAAUUGUUAAGAGUUAAAUAACCUGGUGUUAAUUACAGAAAAACGUAAUUGUCGAUGGUUUUUUGUAUAUUCUACUUUUUUGUAAUGAUUUUCGUUUUUGUUAUUACCAUUUUCGUGUUGAUUUCCUCUAAGGCCAGGGCUAGGUUCUGAAUAAAAUCUGCUUCGGCUCAUUAAAGUUUUUUUUUGUCGAAAGAAAGUAUAGAUUUGUUCUUGUUCCGACUUUCGAAGAAAACGAAUCUUUAUGCUCGGUGUGGUUUUUUAUUCAGUCAAUUUUUGCCGAUCGAAAUAAUAGUUUUCGACAAAAAAUUUUAAUACCCCAUUGGAGAUAUCGACUUCCUGAGUUCAAAUGUAAAAAAAUAACUUACCUCCGAUUAUUUUUUGUAAAAUUCUGGGAGUUUGAAAAUUGCCAAAUUUGCCAUGGUCUGGACUAAAUUAUUCGCGCUUUGAAAAAUUUAUUCACAUUGCUGAGGGAGUAACGCAAAGUAUUUAUGCGUGGCAAAUUAUUCCGCAUAACAAAAUCGUUCCAAAUUGAAUUGAGGCUAGCUAAUUGGUCGUAUUAAUUUCGUACGAAUCUAAAUUUUACAUUUUGAUUUUGUCCAAAAUUACAGGUUUUCAAUAUUUUCUUUUCCCAAAAAGUGUUCGCUAUGAAUUAAGGGAACAGUAUUGUUAACUUUAAAAUCAUUUGGUCUGAAGGAGUUAAGGGGAGCUCGGAUUUCAAAAUGGGUGUUGCAUACAGUUUGUAAACCGCCCUUUUGCUAGGUUCUAAAGGAUUGCAGAAAUUUCUUAACUAAUUAGUGCCUAGGAAUGAACACUUCCGGUGACCGAUCAUUUACCGAACCAAUCUUUUAGCAUUAAAAGUGAAAAAUGUGUCUUUUAUCAGACCAACGUAAAAAAAGAUGGAUUUUUGAUUGACAGACUCAAAAAGACGCUCAGUCUGGGGCCAAGCUUCCCCAAUUAAGACAAUUUUCUCACGAUUUGUCAACAAAACUAUCAACUUCAAAAACACAACUGUCUAAAUUACUUGCAAAAUAAAGAUUUACGCGCACAAUAACACUUGUGUUGAAUUGGAGGGCAGCCGAGCAAGCGGUCGCUAGUCGCCAAUGCCGCGUUUGAAAUUAGCUAUCUGACUUUAUAAUUGUUCUGAGUCUGUUAAAAAUUGGUCUGCUAAAAAACUAUUCUGCUAAAAUCCCGAGCACCAAAACUGCCAAUUAGCAAUGACUCUAGGACAACUGUGUUAAUUUUUUUAACCGAACUUUUACGAUGUCAAACCGAACUGCUACGAUGUUUUUUUAAAUAACCUCACAAGAAAUAAAAUCUGUUGUCUUCAAACCUUUUUUAAGUGGUGUUUGUGAUGUUUUUUUAAGAACUGACUAUCCAGAAUUUGGCACGUCAACGUUUCCGCAAGUAAAUAUGAUGGCAUCGUUGUUUAAAAUAUGAUGGCAUUGGUUCAAAUAUCUGACAGCUUUCUAGUUUUUAUUUCAAAUAUACUAAGACAUUUAAGACAUAUUUGUGAAGUAAGUUUUGUUUGAAUUUUGUAAAACAUAACAUUGUUAACCAUAAUAUUGUGUUCUUUGGAGCUCACUAUUGUUAAACAUCUAUUUUGUGUACAAUACAAAAUCUAAGAAUUUUAAAAUGUUCCCGUUUGCUCGAAAGCGAAAAGAGCGGAAAAAAUACCAAACAGAGGUCGGAAUAUCUUAUAAUAACGAAAGCGACAAAGUUGCGGCCGAUGCUGAGCCUGAGCGGGAUCAAAAUCCAAAUCCUGACAAUAAUAAGGUGGAAUUGGAGCAGAAAAUUGAGACCGAUAGUGAACAAAAUGAACUAACGGUAUCUGGGAAAGUGAAAAGUCUGCGUGAAAGGUUCGCGUCCAUGAGUGAAACUAGGCUCGCUGAUUUGACAGAACUUCGGAGGAGUCUACAGCUCUCGCAGUCCGAAAACCCGUCAGAGUUCAUUAAUAAAGGUAUAGUGAAAAGCAAAGCAGAGGAAUUUAAGAAGAGAACUCUCAUCAAGUCAGUGACGGACAAGCCUCCAGACAAGCACAAAACCGGACUGGAGAGUUCUGGACUUCACGGCAGAUCUAACUCGGAUGGCACUAUCAAUGCACUGCCUGUAGACGUUAUAUACAAGGACCAAGAUCUCGACACUUGGGAUGUGAUAGAUGUGCGCGAUGAUGAUGAGCUACGUGAAGUGCAGAAGAGUCUGGACAAGAUGCCAAAAAUGUCGAGGGAAAGAUCAACUUCGAUUAUGAAACAAACAGGUCUCUAUCAGGACUUCCCGAAGCCAAACGUGGCGGCCCCAGAAGAGCACGAGAACAGUCGCUCGAUGAAUUCGCAGCACUCGUUGUCUUCUUCAUCAGCGAACAGCUCAGCUUCAUUUUCAAACUCUUCGUCGCUCUCAACGUCAUCUGCCGAAACACGCAAGAAAUCAGAAGCUACUAGUGAAUAUGCUCUUCAAGCCAUCCCCGAGGAGUCCUUCAAUGCAUCACUCCCAACUCCGAAGGACACUCCGAGCGAAAUUAUCAGACGGCCUCGCAGAGAAGGGCUCUGGCAGCACCAGCAAAAUGUCAUUGACAGCGGAAUCUUAGAGAAACUUUCAUCAUCUGAAAUUAAAUUACAGGAGGCUUUGUUUGAAAUGAUUACUUCCGAAGAAUCCAAUCUGAAAAGCCUCGAGAUCCUGGUGAAGCAUUUCAAGGCCGCGUUUGAAGAAAACUCUGACGAUCCGAAGCUUAGAGUUCGUAAAGUGUCAAGCAACGACGUUGAGGUGGAUUCUACAAAACAGAAACAAUCUACAAAAAAGCAAUCACUCGGAAAAUACGAAGCGAAUAAAUUGUUUUUCAAUGUUGAGAUGAUAAAAGAGUGCUCGGAGAAGUUUCUGGCCAAGGUCGAAGAAAUGCAAAAAGAAGAAGUGAUAAUUGUUAAUUUUCUUGACAUGGUAAGCGAAAAUGCGGGUGCGUUAUUUGGAAAGGCAGUGGUGAAAUAUUGCAAAAACAUGAAUCAUCAAAAUGAAAUUCUGAAGCACUUGUUGGAAAAUGAGAUCUGGUUCGCAGCCAAAACACGACAGCUGGAGAAAGAUCCCAUCUUAAAUGACAAGACUUUCAAGUCAUUUCUUGUUGUGCCACUCAGUAGGAUUUGCCACAUACCGCUCUUGCUGGAAAAGAUUGUGAAAGUGAGCAAACACCUGACAGAUGAUUAUUCCGUUGAGAUUCAAAAGUCGGCGGUUCAAGCUCUGGCGUUGAUGAAAGGAAUCGCACAGCAGUGUAACAAAGAAACUCAGCAACUGGACGAUCUAGCAGAGCAACAGAAUAUGCUCAUCAGUAUCCAGGGCAAACUAGUCUUCAAAGAAAUCAAGAUGAUUUCCCUCGUUACCCAGUCCAGAAGAUUCUACUUCGAAUCCAGUGUGAUACAUGUAACGCCUACCAAAGGACGAUCGCUGUUCAAAAACGUAGAGACAAAUUUAUACCUAUUUCUGUUCACGGAUAUGAUUAUAAUCACAAAGCCUGUUCAGAAUAAUUACGAGGUUUUAGAUAUUGCGGAGGUUAAUGAAACUCACGUGCAAGAAAAGACGGAAGAAAAAGCGGAGAGUUUCAAGCAUCUAAGCUCUUCUCACAACGCCAAAGGACCAAUUUGUCUAGUCUUUUUCAGAACUAAACUGGGCAGUAGUGGGGGGUUUAAAAAGAGUUCAUAUGAUGUGAGAAUGAACCCAAAUUGCUUCCAGGAUCAUGCUCAGUUUUUUAUAUUUCCGACCAUUGCGACCAAAGAACAGUUCUUAAAGAAAUUGAAAGAGGCUCAAGUGCAGUUUCAGAAAAUGAAAUCAGAAGAAGCAUCGAAUGAAACAAAUUUUGCAGUUCGUGCUUCAGUAGUUAGAAGACAAAGUACCAAGGCUCAAUCCAAUGUAGAUAGACGCAAAUCUUCCUACGAAACAAAUCGCAUGCUGAGAAACGCAACAUCAAGUGAGGAUUUUUCAGUUGAUGAAAAGAAGUUGGCGCUAUCUGAUGACGGUGACCAAAACGAAGCGAAGAUGGUGACUAAAACAAGCAACUUGGCAUUCACUCCGUUGCUUAAUUUGAAGAGAUACAACUCUUCAAUUCAGUUAAGUAACAGUAACCAGCUUAGCUGCUCGAGCGACGAAGAAGAGGAAUCUGAAAUUCGGCCGAGGACAACAACUAAUACCCCAAUUGGGUGUCUGGAUGAUGAUGAGGGUGAGUAUUUGAGUGGUGAUGACCCCCAAAUGUUUUCAGACGCAUCGCAUCACUCUCACGAUACAGAUGAGGAAAGUCACUCAGUGGACGCCGAAUCAGAUUCCUGUGACCUGUAAAUUUGAACCUAAUUAACAUUCCCCAUAUAGUUCCUCUUUAGAUUAAUCAGUUGAUUAUAUUUUUGGAAACUGUUGAAUUUUGUUUUUACCCAUAUAAUCUAUCGAUCAUUAUCAAUAAAUUUUUAAUUUUGU